AUGGAAGAGGAGCAGCCUGAGGAGGAACAGCCCCGCGAGGUUGAUCAGGAAGUGGACCCCAGCAGUUCCUUCCAGCUUGCUAUCCCGGCUGACACCCGGGACAGGUCCAAGUCCAACAAGUUCAAGAAGCUGGUGGCCGACCAAGCUUUGCCGGACUUCGUGCUCAAAGAGUGGGCUCGCACACAGUCUAUGACGACAGGCCGGCUCCAGGCGCAGCGCCUGCUGAUCAACCAGGCCCUGGACCACGACUCGAACGGGAAGCUGGUGGUCGCCCUUCAGAAGCCGUACUUCAAACAGUUGGAGGUCCUCUUGAUGGGGAAGUUUAACUUGAGUGCCGAGGCCUUCGACCAAGCAGUGCAGGAUGGAGACCUAGUGGAAAGCCAGAACAGGUUUGGGAAAACGGUGUAUUCCUGGGAGAUGGACUCCCACCACACCACGAGGGGCACUCGGACGGGGUUCUCGCAAUCCAAGGAGAAAGAGGGGAACCGGAAGGACGAGAAGUUCUUUGGCAAUGUGAGUGUGGACAAGAAGGUUGGGUUGUUCCGAGCGAAGAGCUCUGCCAACCUGGGGGCCGAGCAGCCGCUCGCGAUCCAAGAUGCACCCCAGCAGUUUACCGACAAAGAGUGGCACAAGGCCAAGUCCCAGCUCUCGGUUUUGAUCGCCGGCUUGGACAAGCAGAUCCAAGCCUCCAAGAAGCUCAUCGCCCAGUUCGCCGCCAGCGACCGGGACGAGAACAACGAGAUCUACAUUGCACUGAAAGCCGUCGCACAGACGGCGACGUCGCACAAGUGCAAUCUCGAGCAUGUGUGGUCGUGGAAGGAGAUGCCGGAUGGGGGCUCGUUGGUCGUGACGGCCUACAAGGACCUCAUAGAUUCCGUGGAGAAAGAUGCCCAGGCACUCGAAGAGAAGGUGGCGGCGAGCCGGGCCCAAAUGGCGGUUCGUGCCGCCCGGAAGAAGUAG